AUGAAGUAUCCCAUUGGGCUAGAAGAACGGCAGCAGCGUGGGAGGCUAUAUCCAAUUUUCGAGUAUAUCGCUUCGAGGCACCCUACAUCCAAACAUAUUGACACGCCUUUCUAUGGUCAUAUCCUCACUGUCAAACCGGCCACGUCAGUUGCGAAGGCUCUAUUCGAAGGACUUAAUCACAUUGAGAUUGACCUUCGAGACCAUGAUGAGAUCUGCAGAGUUCUAUCGCCAUUGCGCGACGAGUGUAGCGAAACAGUCAGCUUGCUUGAGAAUAUCUCACAGCAGUUUGCUUCUUUGCCUGAGCGAGGCCUCAAGUGGUGGGACUCAGUCAUCGCCGCCAACGAGCGAUCCUGGCUCAACAUACACUACAGCAUGAAGCACAAAGAUACGGAGACAUCGUACAAGUUGCAGGACCCGAAUCAAAGUGCGUCCAUACGGUUCUGGGACGCUGAAGAUCCUUGGAUCAAGGGUACUCUCAGCCGAAUGCCCCAGCUAAAACCAGUCUUCGUCAUCGCUCAGGAAGAUGCACCAUCUCUAGCCAGAAGAAGGGAAGUCAUUUUCGAUGAAUGA